UUUCCCGUUGCCCUGGUGACGCUCCCGGCGGCGCAGCGGCGGGGUCUCGUUCUCCGCACGGAGCGCCUGACCGGCCGCGGUUGGCGGCCGCGGGAUUUCAGAGUGGAGGGUUGGCCGACCUCCGGAGGCGGCCGGGCAGAAGGGCCUCCGGGAGAGGCUGGGGUGAACGCUUUGAAAACAGAUAAGACACUGUGUAAAGUACAAUGUCAGAAAAUACUGAAGGAAUUGAAAAAGAAAUAGAAAUUGAAUUAGGCAGAAUCAGCGUUACGUCCUUUGAAGCAGAUGAUCCUGACACAGAGGUAUCAGACGAACCCUUGAGUGACAGUGAGACAAUUUCAGAUGGCUUACCAGAAUCAGUUCUCUCCUAUUUAAACUUUAUCAAGAGCAGCAAUCAAGAUGCUGAAAAGCUUAUACUGCAAGACUUAGAAGAUGAACAAACUACAAAUGACAUUUAUGGAGUAGUUUCUUGUCAUACUUCUGAAUCAAAUGAAGAUCCAGAACAAUUUAAAGAAAAGAUACUGUUUGAAAUUGAAAACGAAGUCUUGCAGAUUACUGCAACACCUACUUAUAGUCAAUCCACCAGUGAUGAACUGGUCACUGAUGACCACUUACUUACAGCUGGUCUUGAAAUGAGCAUAAGCCUUGCUCAUCAUGAAGUAGAAGAAAAGUGUAGACAAGAACUUGAGCUUGAAGAUCAGAAGAGGAAAAAGUGGAAGGCUGAGAGAGAAUUACGGGAAAAACAAAAUGAAGAAGAACACGCAAGAAGGGUACAGCACCUGGAGCAAUUUGAGGCUGAAAGAGUAAAGUUAGACCUUCUUCAUAAGAAACACCAAGCUGCAAUAGAAAAUGAGCUACAGAAAGAAAAAAAAGCUUGGAGAGACAAAAUGAUGCAGCAAGAGGAAUUGAUCAUGAAGCUACAGUUGCAAAUGGAAGAGGAGAAAAAGGCCUUGGAAGAGCAGAAAGCAAAAGAGAGACAUCAACUGGCUGAAAAACAGAAUAUAGCUGCUGUGAAAAUCCAAGCUAGAUUUAGAUCAUUUUUAGUCCAUAAAAAAUAUGCUCCCAUCUUAAAAGAACAAAAAUAUGAAAUGAGAAAGAAGCAGAAAAUGCUAGAAGAAAUAGAGAGAGAAAGGAAAGAAAGAGAGGAAAAAGUGAAGAGGCAAAUGGAGGAAAAUAGGCUUAAGAGAGAAGAGGGAAAAAAGAGACAAGAAGAACUUGAAAGACAAGAAUAUUUGGAACAGGUGAAGAGGCAUGAGGAAUAUGAGAAAAAGAAAGAAAGCCUGAGACUGGAAAGAGAAAAGCAACUGCAAAUAAAAAGAGAACAGACAAAACAAGGACAAAAGAUAGUAAAAGCUGUGAUGAGUGCAAGUGGAGAAAAUAACAAGGAAAACAUAAAAAAUUAUAAUCACACAGAAAAUACGAAAGUAAUAAGAGAAAAAAAUAAGGAACUAAAUGAGCAAGGGGAGCAACGAAAAGAAAAACGUGUUGAAAUGAUGGAUGAAACAAAUAAUUGGAUGAUUCUGGUAGAAAGAAAUUUGAUACCAACACAAAGUAUGCUAGGCUCUGAGAAGGAACAUUCUUCUCAGGUAAAUAAUGAGAAUAUAUAUGUGAAUCCAGUAACACAAAUAGAAGAAAAUUACUCACAAACUAGCUAUCUUAAUGAAGCUCCAAAUAAUCAUACUUCAAAGAAUGAAUCUCUUAACUUUGGAGCUAAUGACAUGGUAGAAAAUAAGGCAAACUGCAUAUGCAGCAGUACACCAGAUGUCCAACCAAAUGCUAGUAAUAGAGAAAUUGAAGAUCAAUCUUCUCAGUAUGAAACAACGAAGAAAACUGUGUGUCUAGUGGAAAAUGCUAAUGAGGAAGUCAGAGACACCUGGAACAAAAUUCAAGAUGUAGCAGAGUAUUCCAGUAAACUAAUUUUUCCUGAUGGUAUUGAAAAGAAGAGAAUAAACUGGAUGAACACAUGUAAAUCUUGGUCUAAAAUAUAUGAAGAAAACCAAAGAAAGCAAGCAACUAUAAAAAAACGACCAAGGAAGAGUUCAGUUAGCAAGAUGCCUCCAUUAAGUGCAGAAAAGAUAAUUCAUAGUGGCCCUUGGAGCACCUUGCAGCAGGUUACAACACUUAUGCUUGAAGAUUUGCCAGCUUGUAGCCUCUCAACGUUAUCUGAGUGUUCAAAUCUUCAAGUUUUGACUCUGAGGCGCUGUGGACUAGUUUCACUGGAAGGACUAAGUAGCUGCAAAGACCUGAAGUAUAUCAAUGUGGAGGAGAACAACAUUCAGAUAAUUGACUGUGAAAAUCUAGAAAAUCUUUGUAUUCUCAUUCUGAGUAAGAACCAUCUUUCAUCAGUUUGUGGCUUAGAUGGCUGCAAAAAUCUUCAAAAUCUUGAACUUUCCUACAAUAGAAUCACUCGAUUUGAUGGUCUGAAGUCACUGAAAAAUCUUCAGCAAUUAACUGUGGACCAUAAUCAGUUAAUCAGCACAAAAGGUCUUUGUGAGGUGCCUACUCUCAUUUACCUAGACUGCUCUUUUAAUCAUCUCACACAAGUUGAAGACAUUGAGAAUUGUGGCCUACUUCAAGUUCUGAAGUUGCAAGGCAAUAAUCUCCAGGAGCUUCCAAGACUGGAAAAUCAUGUUCUCCUAAGAGAACUAUAUUUGGAUGACAAUAGCAUUUCUACUGUGAGAAUGCUUUCUUUUUAUUGGUUGCCUCUAUUGCAGAUUCUUUUUCUGUCUCAAAAUAGAUUAACUGAGCUUGUGCCUUUAAAUUCAUUUGUAUCUUUGGAAAAGCUUAAUAUCAAAAAUAACUGCUUGUCAGAUCUUGAAGAUGUCCUUACAUGGUUAAGUGGCUGUGAUAAACUGAAGGAGUUGUCAUUCAGUGGAAAUCCUCUUCUUCAAGAAAGGAACUGGAGAUCUUCCUUGUUUAAGGUUCUUCCUACUUUACAGUCUCUUGAUGGUGAAAUCUUAACUUAUCAUAAUUUACCAACAACUGAAAUAAUCAAAGAACCAGAAUUAAGAACUUUUCUGGAACUUUGUCAAGCUCAAAUUGAAGAAAAUAUUCAACUGAAAAAAAAGACUGCUGAAUUGGAAAUUACCUCUUCUAUUGAUUCUGCACAGGGAAAAUGCUGGUAUUUUAAUGAGUUGAUGAAACUUAGUAUUAAACAUCGAUAUGCACAUGAAUACGGUGAACUAAAUGUUAUGGAUAGAGAUGGACCAGAAGCACUUCAAAAUCAUUUAGAACAAGCAUCCACUGGCUGCCUACAGGAAAAUAACCUCUUUAUCAUGGGUGUGACAGAAAAUAAACAGGUCUUGUUGGAUCCUUCCAAAAGAUGGAUUACUACUGGCGAUACUCAGGCCACAUUCAUUAACUCCUCCAUACCUGUACACCAAAAGGAAAAUAAAGAAGAUCAGAGAGUGAAGCAGAAGAGUACUGAAUCUUGUAUUAAUUACAGUGGGGAGAGCAAAGACAACAAUAACAUGUCAGCCCAACUCACAUCACAACAAUCAGUGAUAGUAGCAAGUACUAUGAGAAGAAAUCUCCAGCUUUUUGAGAAUGAUACGGAAAGGAGAGUACAUAUGGCAGCGUCAGUGAUCCAGUCCCUUUGGCGGCAGUACCGUGCUCGGAAUAAAAAUGACUGCAACAAAACAGAGAAUCAUCAGUAUACAGAAGCAUUGAGACAGAAGCAUGAAGCUGCCACUGUAAUCCAGGUUGGUUUAUGGUACUCUCUUUACUUAAAGAGAAGCAUUGCCAAAGCCUUAGGUGUUGGUAAAUCUGACACUUUAAAAGAGACUUUACAAGAGUUAUCAAAAGUAAACUGAUUUUAUCAGUGCACUGUAUGACUUUGCUCAUUCAUGCAGGCUGCGUUAGAGAAGGAAUGGCUAACUCUAGAUUCCACCCGUUUCCCUUCAAAAACACUCCUGCUCUCAAACCAGCUGCACUGGCCAAAGAAGUUUUCUAGGCCUUCAGAUUCCAAUGAACAUUCAAAUAGUUUGCCAUUGUCACCGCAAGAAGUUUGGCAGUGUGCUAACAGACCACAUUCAUACUCAACAGAAAAUAUCCAUUUUCAUAGCAGGUCAGGGACGGGAAUAAUGUCACAGCUUUCUGAUUGGAAGGAAAAAAAGAAAUUUUUAUUUAUGUCUGAAAAAGAAGAGAAAAUUUCAGAAGAAUGGGGUUUUAAGGAUAUUUCUACUGCACAGCUAAUGCUGAAGAGGGCCCAUAAAAUGAAGCCUAAAAAAUAUAGUAAUAAAAAUUUAGACCCAGCUGUGCGCCUGGCGUUGUUCAAAAACAAUGAAAAUAAACAUCUCCCUGUGAAAUCACCAAGGAAGACACAGUCUAUAAAUGCUGGAUACUUUGAAGGUGAAAAAGAAGAAUGUUCUCAGCUGGAUACUGCUUUAGAUGAGAAAUUACAAAGGAGAAAAGAUUUCACAUACCAGUGGCUUCAUGCACAGCUUUUGGAUUAUGAAGCAGCGAGUUCCAGAAAUACGAAGUGCUGUCGUUUUUUGCCUGAGUUAGAUCCUGCGAUAUGUGACAGUAGACAAGUACAGCUUGUGGCAAGCCCUGUAAGCAGAGAAGACAUGGAUUUAGAACUUGUUUCUAUGACCAGUGGAAGUGCUUUGACUGAGAACAGAGAAAAAAACACGCUGCCACACAGACACUCAACAAGAUCUUCGAAAAAGAAUAUUUCUACUCCAGAAAAAUCCUGUUUGGGUCCAUCUCGUAAAGAACGGAUAUCAUUUCGAGACCAUCCAGUGCAGCUCAGCGGAGGAUGGGGAGCAGGCAAAAAAAGGCAAAAGCUUAAGAAUAUUAGCUGAAUUUUUGAGAUAAUUUAACUAGUUGAUUAAUCAAAUAUGGAGAGCAUAUGGAGACCUGUUUCUUUUUAAGCCAGUGAAUAUCAAUUGUUGAAUUUUCGUUUAUAACCAAUAAACCAGUUUCAGUUAACAACAUUUGACUUAUUUUAUUAUCCACGGUUACAGCGGUUUGGGUUUUGUGUUUUUGGUCGAAGUAUUUUAUACCUGUCAGUAAGUUAUCAUAGUUUGUGUUUUCAAUUGCUUAUAUGUUCUUGUGGUGUAGAAUGCAGAACUGAUUAACUCUACAAGGUUUGUUAUACAGUGACUAAGUUUAGGCUUACUUACAAGAACUGGAUGAGAAGUCUAAAUGUAAUAAGGGUUCGUGUGAUGUAU